GAGAGACAGCCGUCUCUUGGACUUUUCCCCGUCUGUGUGAGGUUGUGGCAGGCAUGGCGUCGGAGCCGGGCACCCAGUCCAGAGUGAUGUUUCAGACCAAAGAGGAGGAGCCUGCUCAACGCAAACUGGGCAAACUGACGGUCAAAUACAACCGCAAAGACCUCCAGAGGAGGCUGGACAUCGAGGAGUGGAUCGACGGGCAGCUGAGAGAGAGACCGCAGGACUUUAUCAAUGGGCUGCUCUACCGAAUGAAGGGACUGCGCAAGAUGUCAGGAUCUCUGAAGAAAUAGCAUUUGGUCAAAGGCUGGAUUUUUUAAGAUAAUGUGAGCCACCCAGCCCCGCCCACAACAACAAGCCCCGCCCACAAGUCCUCCUGUCUGUAGAGCGUGGAGUGUCUGUCUGUGGAUGUUUCUAUAAUUCACAGCACACUUGGGCCAAUGACUUCUAGAAACAGUGUUUUUGACCACUAAUAAUCCUGUACAGUUUCUCCAGCAUUGCAGAUGAACUGUACUGCCUAUUAUUACUCAAACCAGAUGUUGUUUUUGUGUACAUUUUCUUCCCUAUUUAUAUAUAUAUAUAUUUUGUUCUGACAAGUGUUGUAUGUAAUAACAAACAAUUUCUUUUCAAGAUUUUAGAUGAAGAGCAUAGAUACAGUUCGUGAUAAUAAAAUUCAGAAUCCAGGAUAUCUUUUCUUACAUUCUGCCAUUGUCUGAUUUCAGUUCUGAAACGGAGAUAUUUACUGAUGACAAUUAAUACUGCAAUAUGAGCGCAGAAUAUUCUGGCUUUAAUACUUUACAGAGUCUCUGACAGAAUAAUUUGGUCCAAAAUUAAUUUUUAUGGGUUCAGUCUUCUGCAAAUAAAUGGUCAAAUAUGCAUUCAUCAUGAUGCUUUUAUAUACUAUAACAUGUAUGACAUAUGUUAGCAUGAAAUGCAUAAAUAUGUCCAGUGUUGCAUUAAUAAAUGCAGUAUUUCAGAUCAUGCACAUGUAUAUCUGGUGAAGCCGAAGAUGAUCUGCAUGAGGAUAAAUGAACCACAACUACG